AUGGAUCAUAUACCUCACUCCAGCGUCUGCCAUCGCCAGGAUAUCCACCAAAUCCGCACCACUUUCUCCCUGGCACUAUUCAGACACCUACACCUUGGCAGCAACCAUUUGGCGUAUCCUCUGGGAGUACGAUCUCUCUCCGUGGGAUCCCACAAUCGCCCACAGGAUCGACAACACCUGCAUAUUAUGACUAUUCUGAGUCUUUCGCAGAGGAGAAUUGCUUCUCGCCUGAAGGUGACCACCACCACGAGGAAACCCUCCCCCCAGCAGGUGCAGCUGUCGAGGGAGCACAAACACCUCCUGGAAGGCACGCACAGACUCCAUUUGGCACCAUGCAAGGCUCUAAAUUCCACCCGGUGGAGCUGCCAACGAGGCACAACCGACGCCCAAGCGAACAAUCCAAGCCAGCCUCAAAACCCGGUUCGAGGCACAGCGCAAAACGUAGCCUGA